AUGGUUGAUGAAGCAACCGCUGCGAGAUUCGCGCAGGUUGCGCGCGAGUGCGCGAAAACGUCUAAGGAGGCGCUUGAAAACGCUGAAAAGUUUAUCGGUGUUCUGAAAAAUGCUGAAACAGGCAAAGAGGGCAUCAGCUUGUUGGAUGUGAAGAAUCGUGAAAUGCUGUGCUAUAUGGCUGAGUUGUCGCUACUGAUGAGCCAAAUGAGCUGCGGGAGAUCCAUUAAAGAUCAUCCUGCUAUCCUUGAGCGGAUACGACCAAUAGAGCAGAAAAUGAGAUCUCAGAUAGAUAAGCUCGUUCAGAGCCUCAAUAAUGGUGAAGCAAAAGCCUCUUUGCGUGCCAGACCGGAUCAAAUGGAGUUUGAUGACGAUAAUGAGGAGUCAGAAGAAGAUCAAGAUAACGAGGAAGAUAAUAAGAAGCCAAAGAAAUAUGUUCCACCAAAGAUGAUGGCGAAGACGAGGAUGGGCCGGGAAGCAAAAGCUAUGGAAAAAGCGAAGAGGCGUGCACUUCAAAGCAGUCUCGUCCAGGAACUCAGGCAACAAUACAGUGACGCCCCAGAGGAGUUUAGAGAGAAGAGUCAGCGAAAGUUCAAUGCUGACAAAGAGAGGGAAAGAUAUGAGGAGGAUCAUUUUGUCCGUUUGCGGAUGAGUAAGGCUGAGAAGAAACGAGAACAACGCUUGAAUCGCGACAAUGCCAUGGAUGAUUUGUUCAAUUUCGGAAACUACAUGAUGCGUGAUGAGUCUGGAGAAGCUCUUUCCAAUAAGAAAAGGAAAGGUGGUCCAAUUGGAGGACCGAAAGGUAAAAAGUCGCGAUUUGAUAGGAAGAAAAGCCAGAAGAUGAAGCUGAAAUCGAAGAAUAAGGCUAUCAAGAGAAGGACGUGA